CAUUUCCCAUUUCCCACUUGCACUAUCAUAAUGUCAUUAAUAUUAUAAUUAUUAUUAAUCAUUAGUCAUUUGUUGACUCGUCACUACUCGCGCGUCAAUGGUCAUUUUCACUAUUUCACUCGUUUAUUAGUAUUUCACAUAAGUAUUAGUCACUCGUCUCACUAGUUUCAUUCUAUUCGUCAAUCGUUAGUCAGUUUUCACUAAACGUUUAGAGUUUGAACAUUCGUUAGUUCGUUACAAAUUCAUCAUUUUCAUUUAUUUUUUCGACGAAUAAUUAUAAAUAUUACUUUUGAAUUUAAUAAAAGCUAUUAAUUCAAUUAAUUUAUAAAUAUGAGCUAUCCAGGAUAUCCUCCUAACAAUCAGGGAUUCCCUGGCCAACCUGGAGUGCAACAACCUGGCUCCCAGUUACCCUAUCCGCCAUAUCCCGGUGGUAAUGUAGGACAACAAGGGUAUCCAAUGCCAAGUGCUUAUCCACCAGGCCAACCUAGCUAUCCCCAACAGAGCCCAUACCCUCCUCAAGUUGGCCAAUAUCCACCACAACCAUCCGGACAGUUCCUACCUCAAUCUGGUUCUUAUACUCCAAAUCCAUCAAUGUAUCCAUCAUCAGCUGUACCAAGCCAAUACCCAUCAUCCAAUGUAGCUGGUCAAUAUCCAUCCACUGUACCAGGGCAAUAUCCAUCAUCCACUAACCCUGGCCAAUAUCCACCACAGGCCGCCCCAUAUCCAAAUGCCCAACUGCCUUCUAGUUAUGCACCCCAGUCUGCUGCCUACCCAACUCAAUCAGCUUAUCCACCUACUCAACAAACAUCAUCAGUUUAUCCAAAUAUGACAGCUGGUGGUUAUGGUGGUGGUUCUCAAGUUCCACCACAAGCAGCAUAUCCACCUAUUAGCACUCCUGCUCAUUAUCAACCAUUGAGCAGCUCACCUACUCAGAAAAAGUCUAAUCCAACGGUUCGUCCAGCCAAUCCGUUCGAUCCACGUCGUGAUGCUGAAAUAUUGCGUAAGGCUAUGAAAGGAUUUGGAACUGAUGAAAAAUCAAUCAUACAGGUCUUGGCUCAUAGAGUUAAUUCUCAAAGACAGGAAAUUGCGGUUCAAUUUAAGACUAUGUAUGGUAAAGAUUUGAUAUCUGAUUUGAAAAGUGAACUGAGUGGAAAGUUUGAAGAUCUGAUUGUGGGACUCAUGACACCUACUUAUGAUUUUCUUGCUAAAGAAAUUCACAAUGCUAUUGAUGGUAUUGGCACUAAUGAAGAAACAAUAAUUGAGAUCAUAUGCACUGCUUCUAAUGCUGAGAUUAAUAAUAUAAAAAUGGCAUACCAUAAAUUAUUUGGAAAUGAUUUAGAAAAAGAGCUUAUGGGAGAAACAUCAGGAAGUUUCCGGAGAUUAUUAGUAUCACUUUGUCAAGGACAACGCAAUGAAAAUACAUUUGUUGAUGUUGCAUCUGCACAAUGUGAUGCACAAAACUUGUUAAAAGCUGGUGAAUUACAAUUUGGAACGGAUGAGUCUACAUUCAACAUGAUCUUAUGUAGCCGUAGUUACUGUCAAUUACAACAAGUAUUUUUGGAAUAUCAUCGUUUAACUGGAAGAGAUUUUGAAGAUGUUAUAAAAAGUGAAUUCAGUGGAGAUAUUGAGAAUGGACUUAGAGCGAUUGUGAAAUCUGUAAGAGAUAAAAGUUCAUACUUUGCUAAACGUUUACAUGAAAGCAUGGCUGGUUUUGGCACAAAUGACAGGGCAUUGAUUCGUAUUGUUGCAACUCGUUGUGAAAUCGACAUGGUCGAUAUAAAAAAUGCUUAUAUGUCGAUGUAUGGGAAAUCUUUGGAGGCUGAUAUUGCGUCUGAUACAUUUAUGGACGAUACUUCAGGCGACUACAAAAAAUGUUUGACAGCUCUAGUUGUUGGCUAAAAUAAUAGUAUACAUAAUAUAAUCUUAUUAUACAGUAUUUUAUUUAUAUUAUCAUUAUUACAUUUUACGCCUUUUGCAUUAUUUAUUAUUAUUACUUAAUAUUGAAAUCUAAAAUUGAUACAUGAUAUUUUCAUUACUUGCAUUUAAUAUUGAUAAUAUUUACAUAUAUAUUUUUACUCAUUCUUAAAACAAGAUUUAAAUUAUGAUAGUUAAAUUUCAUAUUUUAUUCUUCUUUGCUGUGAAUUUAAGCAUCAUUUAAAUAUUGGUGUUUAAUAGUUAAAUACUUCGGGCUUGGGUCUUUAAAAAAUAAUGGUUAUUUUUAAUGUUACAUAAAUACAUGAUAUAUUAUAGAUAUUUCUAAUUUUUUUACAACUUGACACAUGGUAAACACUUAAACUCACUUUGCCAAUUUACAUUAAAUAAAUUUUUUUGUUAUUAUUGAAGAUUUGUUAACUCUUUCUAUAUUUUUCUAUAUUGUUAUUUAAAUCAAUCAAAUUAAAAUUAUUGAUCAAAUCUGCUUCAUAUUUAUGUUAUAAAGUUAUAUUAAGUAUUACAAAUAUAGUUUUUAAGCAGGGUAAAUAUGUGCCACUCCUUAACAAAUAUUGUAAAACGCUGAAUGAAUUUAUGAACUCAGUGUUUAUGACUCUCAAAUGUCUUAAAAUUGGUGCUUGAUAAUUUAAUAUUAAUUUGUUGUUAUAGUUGAAUUAUUAUACAAAUUUUAAUUCUUAUUAUGUAUGCAUUAAUUAAAAUAUGCAUAAAUUUAUACGGUGGCGUUGUCAAUUAUUUGUUAUUAUAAAUAUACCUUAGUAUUACUUGUA